AUGUCUGCUGAAGAGAUUGCGAUGCUCGAUGCCGAAGAUAGCAUCGAGCAGGUGCUUAGUCGGUACUCUACAGAUCUUCGAUCAGGAUUGACUUCUGAGGCAGCAGAAAAGAAGCUCAAGGAGGACGGCCUCAAUGAGCUUUACAAACCUCCCAAGCCCACCUUGUUGAUGCUCUUCAUCAUGCAGUUGCUGGGUUUCAUCAUCAUUCUCUUGAUUAUCGCCGCAGUGGCCUCGAUGACUGUGAACGCCACGGGCUCCAAGAAGGACGACCCCCUCUCAUACACCACAGGCAUUGCGAUCUUCGUCAUUGUGAUCCUCAAUGCGGGCAUCGCGGCUUGGACGGAGCACAAAGCCGGUGAUGCUCUGGAAGCCUUGUCCAAGAUGACCCAGGCAGCCAUCUAUGCCACUGAGCAGGAGGUUCAGAUCACCACCAACACCGUGGUCCGUGGCGACAUCGUGGUGCUCGGCACCGGCGACGUCGUCCCCGCGGACAUGCGCCUGGCAGAGGCGGAGGAUCUCAAGGUCAGUGAGAUGGCGCUCACAGGAGAGCCGGACGAUGUCUCCAAGACCUGGAAGUUGAAACCAAGGAAAGAGGGCGAGCCUGAGAAGCUGACGCCAGAGGUUUGCGUCUUCUCGGGGUGCAACGUCACCAAUGGCAAGGGCCGUGGGGUCGUCACCGCCACCGGCAUGGGCACGCGCAUUGGCCGGAUUGCUCAGCUCAUCGCCGGUGAGGAGGGCCCCAAGAAGAAGUGCUUUUGCUUGCCCGAUACCUCGGCGAAUCAGACGCCCCUCCAAAGGAACCUGGAACAGCUGGGUGCGAAGAUCGGUAUUUUAGCGAUCGUCGUUUGCGUGUUGGUCUUCAUCAUCGGCGUCGCCUUGGAUCGAAAGCCCGUGGAAAGCCGAAAGGACGUGGACAGCCAAAGCGGAGCCGAGAGCGGAGCCGAGACCGGUGCCGCGUUGUACAUGGUCUUGAUUGCGGUGACCCUUGCAGUGGCAGCCAUCCCCGAGGGCAUUCCCCUCUGUGUGACCAUCUCCCUCUCGAUCGGAUGCAGCGACAUGGUGAACCAACACGUGCUGGUGCGAAAGCUGGCGGCGGUGGAGACUUUGGGCUCCGCCUCGGUGAUCUGCAGCGACAAGACGGGGACCUUGACCGAGGGGAAGAUGACCAUGGUGAACAUGUGGGCCGGCGGUGUGACCUACGAUGUGGGUGGCAAAGGCUUUGAUCCAACCGUUGGGAGGAUCACCACCUGUGACACAGGCGUCGAAGCGGGUCGACAGAUGGGCGUCCGGUCGACCUUGCUGUCGGGGAUCCUUUGCUGUGCCUUGGAGGUCGAGGUUCGAGAUCCAGAUACCGGUGAGGAGAAGUGGGAGCCGCGGGGCAACUCCUCGGAGGCGCCCAUCGUGGUGGCCGCCCGAAAGGUGGGCCUCACGGAGAACGUGUCCAAGGAUUAUCCGCGCACCAUCGAGAUCCCCUUCUCCUCCUCGCGGAAGAUGAUGCUCACCGUCUCCGACGUCUCGGGGCGGAGCCAUCUCUGCGAGGACGGCAUGCCGUUGCCCGAAGGCACCAAGUACCUGGCCGUGUGCAAGGCGCGAAGCCUGGGCAGAUCAGGCGUCGUCUUUUCCGUCAACUGCCGCAGUUCCCUUCGCCGUGAGUCCGAGCUGUUCCCGCAAAGACCUGGCGCUCCCAACUUCAUUGUGGACCUUUGCGAAGAGCGAAUGAUGGCGGAUGGCACCGUCGCAAAGCACCUCGGACGGGCAAAGGCCGAAGUCUUGAAGGUGGUGGAUGACUACAGCACCAAGGCCUUGCGGGUCUUGGCAGUGGCUGCUCGUCCAAUGAAGGAGCUGCCCUUUGACAUGCACGAUGACGAGCUGUCAACGGACCAGAAGUUCUCAGCUUUGCGCCAGGACCUGCGCCUGCUGGGCUUGGUUGCCUCUAUCGACCCGGACCGAGAUGGAGUGAAGGACUCAGUGCUGGCAGCCCGUGGUGCAGGUAUCCGCGUAGUGAUGAUCACGGGAGAUUACCUCAAGACCGCCAUCGCCAUUGCCAAGAAUGUGCAGAUUUUGCAGCCUCAGGAUGACGAGGCCACGGCGGCCGUAGAUUGCAACUGCUUGCGGCCCGGAGGCCAAUACCUGGAGACGAAGGAGAUGGACCGCAUGACGUCCACGGUGCGGGUCUUCGCGCGCGCGAAGCCGGAAGACAAAUUGGAGAUUGUCAAGUCCAUCCAACGCAUGGGCCAAGUAGCUGCCAUGACGGGCGAUGGCGUGAAUGAUGCACCCGCCUUGAACCAGGCCAACAUUGGCGUGGCCAUGGGCAUCCAGGGCACAGAGGUGGCGAAAGGUGCCAGUGACAUGAUUCUGACCGACGACAACUUUUGCUCCAUUGUGGCGGCCGUGGAGAAGGGCAGGGCCAUCUACUCGGGUAUCCAAAAGUUUGUGGCCUUCAUCAUGUCCGUGCACAUCGCAGAGGUGAUGCAAAUCUUCGUUUGCAUCGCGGCUGGCGUGCCGGUGAUGAGGACUCCUUUGCAGAUCCUCUUUCUGAUUUUGGUCACCGACCUUCCUCCCUCCAUCGCCCUGGGCAUGGAACCAGGGGAGCCGGGCAUCCUCAAGCUGCGGCCGAGACCGAAGACUGAACCCAUC